UCCUUGUUUUUUCCCCAUGCUACCAACCUUCCCGUCACUUUGUUAUUUCCUUUUUCUUUCCGGUCGGAGUCAAGAUGGGUAUAUCUCGCGACCACUGGCAUAAGCGGCGGGCGACUGGUGGCAAGAGGAAGCCAAUCAGGAAGAAGAGGAAGUUUGAGUUAGGAAGACCAGCUGCCAACACCAAGCUUGGUGCUCGUAGAAUCCACACUGUAAGAACUAGGGGUGGAAACAAGAAGUACAGAGCUCUGCGUCUAGACCAUGGAAACUUCUCUUGGGGCUCGGAAUGCUGCACUCGCAAAACACGUGUUAUUGAUGUUGUGUACAACGCCUCCAAUAACGAGCUGGUCCGUACCAAGACAUUGGUAAAGAAUGCAAUCGUUGUUAUUGAUGCCACACCUUUCAGACAGUGGUACGAGUCUCACUACGCUCUUCCUAUUGGUAGGAAGAAGGGGGCCAAGCUGACUGAGCAGGAGGAAGCGAUGCUGAACAAGAAGAGGUCGAAGAAGGUUGACAGAAAAUACAAGACAAGGCAGCGACUGGCAAAGGUGGAGCAGGCACUUGAGGAACAGUUCCAAACUGCUAGAGUGUUAGCCUGUAUCUCGAGCAGACCAGGACAAUGCGGUCGAGCCGACGGAUAUAUCCUCGAAGGCAAAGAACUGGAAUUCUACAUGAGGAAGAUAAAGGCCAAGAAGGGCAAAUAGGCUUAAUUUUUUACUCUGUCAUGACCUGCUAUUGAAUAAAUACAAGUUGUGGCAUUGUUUUAUUAUA